AUGUCAGCCCAUAAACCUCUGACAAAGCAGCUUAUUGAAAAGAUCCAGAGUGACCUAACAGAUGAAGAGUUUAUUAAUUACAAGAAACUCUUCGGUGGUUUCAUGAAAGGAGAGAUAACUUUCUCUACAUAUCAAGAGAAAAUGCUUGAGAUUCUCAAGCAAGAUCUUCUCCCAUUCCAUAACAAAUUUGUUACCCUCUUCAGAAAAAGGGUUAUUCAAAGAAAGCCAGUGCAGAAGUAUCUAGGGUUCUUAGAGAAGCUGAAAUAAGGAGAAAAGGGAAAAAGAGCUUAAAAAUCCACAGAUUAUGGAUAUGAACAGACCUUCAGCUCCCUACUCCUCGAGAAGCGAGAGAAGUCAUUUGGACUACUACAAUAGUAUUGGAGGCCCAAACAUACAGCCAUCGAGUAGCAUGAGCCAAGAGCAACCAAUCCGUGGGAACAAGUAUCCAAGAGCUAGGCGGGAGCAAACAGAAGAUGAAAGAAACCUCAUUUACAAGCAUCCUGAAGCUCAAGAUGAAGUCUUUGUGAUUGAUAGGCAAAAUCAGUCAAGGACUAGUAGUCCAAGACAAAAACAAAAUAGAACCCCAGCAGCCGAGGAAUUCUCUCUUGAUCCGAAACGAGUUGAUCCUACUCCUCCACAGCUAAAUCGAGGACAGUCAAUAGAAGAAUCCAAGGAUAAUUAUUCCAGAAGAAGUAGCCAAGCAAGGCCGAGCCAAUACAGUUAUGAUCAGGAAGAAAAUAAAGAAUAUCCUGAAAGUAGUGACCAAUACUUCCCUUAUCCUGAAGCACAGAAGAAACCUGAAGAUUUCAAGCUCCCUUUUAAAAUAUACAGACCAUGAAGGACAGUUUGGAAUGAUAACUCUAGAAGGAGAAGUACCUCCUCAGAUCCUAAAGAGGAUACCCUCUACUUUGAAUGAAGUGAAAAUUGUGAUGGAGUAAAUAACUCCCAGAGUAAAACUGUUACUUCUAAUAAGCAAUUGGAUGUACCUCAGGUUAAAGACCACACAUUAAAUUUGGUCAAGAAGAUCUUUAUGGACAUCAAAGUAGAUUCUCAGCUCAGCAAGCAUUGACACAUGCAUAAUCUUAGGAAUGAUUGUAGGAGUUCAAAUCUCUCCCUCGGGUUUGACAAGUUGAUCAAAAAUUUUACUAUGACUCAUUCCCAGUUGUUAGAAAUCCCCCAAACCAAUCAUGAACUGUUACAGAAAUAUUUAAAAGAGACAAAUGAAAAGAAGAAUAAGGCAUCAAAGGCCAGAAGUGACAGAUAGGUUCUCAGCAAGCAUUUCUGGGGGCUUUCAU